CUUAGAUUUCUCGAAAAAAUCUUAAGUUAAAUCUCAGACUUAAGUCUGAGUUUUUACUCAAAUUUCUGAGAAAAAUCUCAAAUUUGAGAAAACUCAAAAUAUUGCAUUUCUCGAAAAAACUUAAGUUCUUUUUCUUACUCAAACUGAGAAAAAACUUAAGUUACCUUGUUAGUAAACUUAAGUCCUUAAAAAAAUCUCAAACAUGGCGGUGAACAACCGACGGCAGCGUCGUAGACGUCGACAUAGACAGAGAGUUGCUCACAACAGGCUUGUUGACCGUGAAAAUCCUUUAGAAUUCAAAAGGUAUCGUUUCCGCCCGGACACAAUUUUGUUCGUGGUGAAUUUAUUAAGACGAUUUCUCGAGAGAGACACUCUGCGAAGCUGUGCCCUCACCCCCCUUCUGCAGGUUAUGGCCACACUGAGAUUUCUCGCCAUCGGAGGUUUUUAUUCCUUUGUAGCCGAUACAUUUGACAGCCUGUCCCCAUCCACUGUGUGUAGGACGGUUAAGGAUGUGUGUCAUGCUUUGUGUCAGAUGUCACGGCAAUUUAUAAGGAUGCCAGCAAGACAUGCAGCUGAUGGAGUGAAAAAGCAUUUCUAUUCCAUCGCAGGUUUUCCAAAUGUCCUCGGGUGCAUUGAUGGUACGUACAUCAAAAUUCAGGCACCUUCAGAAAAUGAACCAGAUUUCUUGAAUAGAAAAGGGUACCAUUCUCUAAAUGUACAGAUGAUCUCCGAUGGCAAAUUUAGAAUUUUGAACUGUGUCGCCAAGUGGCCUGGAAGUGUACAUGACAGCAGGAUUUACCGAGACAGUCAUAUAAGCAUUGCCUUUGAAAAUGGACAAUAUCCAGGACUACUCUUGGGGGACUCUGGUUACCCUUGCAAACCCCACCUAAUGACACCAUACCCCGUCCCUUCAAGUGAUGCGGAAGCAAGAUUUAACAAUGCUCACGCUAGAACCAGAGUUGUCAUCGAACAGGCCUUUGGCAUCUUGAAGAAGAGAUUUCCAUGUCUCCACAGCGGCUUAAGAACAACCCCUGAAAAGGCGUGUCAUAUCACUCUGGCCUGUGCAGUUUUGCACAAUAUAGGAAUAGAUCAUAAUGACAUACUGGAUAUUGAUGAUGGCGUAUCUGGAUAUAAGGAUGUCUGUCCCAUAGGAAGGAACCAUAACUCUUGA